CAGCACAAUAAACAUGCAACGCGUAUCCUGCACGCUGGAUGAACUCGACCAUCUGCCCCGACGAGCCCGGGCAACGUGCCAAGCCUGCCCUUGCAGCCCAGUUGCCCGUCUCUUCCCAUAGACGACAGACUCGCGGCAUGGUGCGCUUCGUUGGCAGAGUUGCUCGAACGCGACGUCUCCUCCCUCCUGUACCCAAUUGUGAUGGGGUUCGCGCAUCUCAUCGAAAUUGACGCUGCUACGUCAACAUAUCACAAGCAACGCAUCCCACCACCGCACCUCUCCGAGCCUGUCCCCAAGCUCCCGCACCUACCACGACGUCCAGCGCGCAGAUCGAAUACGCGAAAGCAACUCGGCGGUGUGCGCGAGAAGCCCGAGCAGCCCGCUUCGCGCCAACCGAACACCCUGCAAUGCAAUCUCGUCGCUGCUUCCGGUCGCACACAAAUAAUGAGCAAGCGUCUAUUGCAUCUGCUCGCCGGCCUGCGCGUCGUCAAUCUCGGCCAUGAUUCGCGAUCCUCGCCCUCCCGAGCACAACUGCAUGAAUGUUCUGCCUUCUCCCCUCCAUCAUCACGCUAUGCAAUCUUCGCUUCCUCACAACAGUUGACUAGCACAGCUCUUCGAUCUCGCCGUCAGCCCCUUCAUUCCCACCACAACGUUCCGCCCGUUCAAUGAUGGAGACGAUCUCCGGCAUCUCGGACUCUCGACACAUAUACCACGCGUCGAAGACACUGCAGGCUGCACGAACACUUGUGCAGCCUGCCCGGUAUCACUUCCUGGCGCACAAAUGAGAUAGACAGACUCCGCCCGCAGCAAGAGACUAGCUAGUUGGCCCGUCGAGCCAGGUAGAUGCUCCACAAGAGCGUCACGUCGCUGCAUCCCGUGCUCGGUGCUGCGCAAUCAAUCGUGUCCUAGAGCUGUC